AUGAUCUCGUUUUUUUUAAAAAUGUUCAAAAAUGAAUUGCUUAUUAAAUAUACGGAAUUUGUAUACGGAAUCUAUAGAAACGUACAUAAAAUGUAUACAAAACGUAUCCUUUCCGUAUACAUAUUUCUUAUAGGGCCCAAGCACGAUAUUUAUUAUUAUUAUAA